AUGCUUCCAUCACAGUUAAAUGGCUCGCCAAAGCGUGCGAACCCGUUCAGCCGGGUAUCCCCGUCACCCUCGCCAUCUCCUGCGCCCAGAGCUGCACGUCCAAAGUCAGCGUUUAUCACACCAUCAAGUAAAUUCGAAGAGGCAAGAGGGCAGUUCCGAAAUUCGACAUCUCUGGCACAACCCACCCAAGCCCCAUUGGCUCGCAUAACUAGUCGUCAAAGGUCUAACUCUUUGCGGAACGAUGUCACCUCAGGUACAUUCGCACCUGAGUUCAUCAAGUCAGAGGAACUUCAACGUGGAGCAGACCAAAUCAGGGGCCUUGAAGGCGAUAAUGACUUUUCCGGGAAUAAAUACGUCUGGCUACGUGAUCCUGAAAAGGCAUUUAUACGAGGGCUUGUACUAGAAGAAAGAGAUAAUGGAAAGCUUCUUGUACAGAGUGACGAUGGCGAGCAACGUGAAGUAGAUGCGGAUCAAGUUGACAAGGUCAACCCGGCGAAAUUCGACAAAGCUGACGAUAUGGCUGAACUUACUCACCUGAACGAAGGUUCAGUGGUGCAUAACCUGCACACUAGAUACCAAGCUGAUAUGAUAUAUACUUACUCCGGACUUUUCCUUGUCACGGUAAAUCCAUACUGCCCACUACCGAUCUACUCCAACGAAUAUGUGAAAAUGUACAAAGGACGGAGCAGGGAGGAAACCCGACCCCAUGUUUUCGCAAUGGCAGAUGAGGCGUUUCGAAACCUCGUGGAAGAAGGGGAGAACCAGAGUAUUCUUGUAACGUAUGUUUCUCGACCAAUUAGGCGAUGCCAGGGUUCGUGCUAA